AUGUCGGACCCAUCAUCCUCAUCCUCGUCGUCAGGCCCGAAAUCCUCGACCGACCCGGCCCUCAAACCGCUCCACUCCGCACUCUUCGAGGCCGGCCUGGCCACGCGCCGCGCCGUCGUCGGUGACGUCUACGUCGACCGCGCCCUAGCCAAUGGCUCGACCGAGUUCUCGCGGCCGGGCCAGGAACUCGUGACGGAAUGGUGCUGGGGCUACGCGUGGACGCGGCCGGGCCUGGCCCGCCGCGAUCGCUCGCUGCUGAAUAUCGGCAUGUUGAUGGCGUUGAACCGGGGCCCGGAGCUGGCUGUGCACGUCAGGGGCGCCAGGCGGAACGGACUGUCCGAGACGGAGAUCCGAGAGGCCAUCUUGCAUGCGACGACGUACUGUGGGGUGCCGGCUGGGGUGGAUGCUAUGAAGAUCGCCGAGAGGGUGUUGAAUGAGAUGGCUGAGAGUGGCGAGUUGGCGAGGGAGUUGGGAGGGAAGAGUGCUGAUGCUUGA